CAGGUCCCAUUCAUUGAGCUCCCAACUGGCUUUGUCCACCUGGAGGUUGUCUGGUGACUGAAAGAUUGGAGACUGGAUUGUAGCACCAAGGAAAGGGUCAAAUGGGGUCACCGAGAAAAAUUCUCACCUAUGUUUGUCCUGGUCUUUACCCGACCUCAUCGUUGGGACAGGAUAUAGUUAGGUCCCUGACUCAGUGGUGACCUAGGAGCUCGGUGACCAGUCCUGGAACCUGCAUAUCGGUUCAGAAAGAAGCGAGGAGUCGUUCAUCUGUCCUGGUGUCCCCGGAGUCAGCUAGGGGCUCCGAGAUGACCCCCGUGACCUUGGAGGAAGAGGAGGCCCAGGAGGCUAGGAGUGAGGCUCCCUCUCUUACCUGUUACUACACCUGCCCCUCCAACUCCUUCUCCCCCUCUGAUUACCAAACUUGCUCCUUGACCCAGCCCCUUUCUGCAACUGGGGAGGAGGAGGAGGAGACAGAACAAGAAACGAGGUACGCUUACUACACCUGCGUGAAGACCGUGAAUGGCGUGGCCAUCGCCUGGGAGACCAAGGCUGGAUUCUGUCCGGUCCGCAAUAGGCCGCAAGUAUUCGAGAUGGCAUUGACCGUGAGGAAGAGAGCCGGGAAGGAAAACCACGAGGAGAAAGACCCUGAGUGGAGCAACAUGAGCAAUAACUCCGGCAACAACAGUGACAAGCCCUGGCUGGAUUCCCCCUGGGAAGAUCACGAGGCCUACACGUCUGAACCCACGGGAGACACCGAGGAGAGACGGGCCGCUCCCAAACCGCCGGCCAUGCCCACAACAUCUGAGGCCUGCAGGGAGAACCGGGAGAUCCCCGACUGGCUCUCGACCACCUCUAGGGGUUUCCGCUGCAUGGCCUGCUGCAGGGUAUUUCCCUCCCUGAAAGCCUUCAGGCAGCAUGUCACGGAUGGAGAAAAAGAGGGCUUUACCUGCCACAUUUUCCACCAGAAGAUGCGGGAAAAGAGAAGGGUUUCACGACAAUCUUCACGUAAGAUGAGGAACCGCCGUGGCUGCCGAUUAAGGCGAAAAUAAGACGCAAAACCACCUGAGGUCCCCAGGCUUCAGGCCCAGAAAACAGUGAGGGUGGCAGGUGACCCGUGAGGGGGUGUUGAAGUCUUUUUUCAUUCUGUGGCAACCCUAGUCACCCCAUUUUAGCAACACACCGCAGCACAAACUGGAAGUCACAUCACCACAUGCCCUGCUGAGGGUCCAAAGGAAAGAGCGUUGCUCUCACAGUCUGCAGGCCUGCCUUCUUCCUAGGCCCAGCUCUGCCUGCUGGGGCUACGCUAUCAGUGGUAGUGGCUUCGGUCCAAACCACCCUCUUGAGCCCCACCCGUGGUGGGCGGGCCUGGCAGGAGUUCCACACAACAGCUGGCUAACGUGGACAACAAAGACCGGUCGGGACCAAGCCGCACCCCUUGUUUCUGAUGGGAAACUCCAUCCCUUGGUCCAUAUGGUGAGCGUCCGCUGCUUGGAGAAAAUCAGAGCCCCAUAGUUCAGAGAGGAGGUCAUCCCUCAUGUCCAAAGGCUGACUGGCUCUGAGAGGGCCUUUUCCACUAGCCCUGAAACUGAAACAGCACUCACACAAGGCCAAGUGUAAUACCUGCGGCAAAAGAAAGUUGCAGCUGAGAGAAGAGAAGUAGAAGAAGAAAGGAAAGAGAGCAGAAUGGGAGGAGAACAGAGGGACACAGACUGACUGUAGCAACUACUUUCCACCUCUUCUCUUCCAAAGUUGGAAAGAGCAAAAGGGACAGAUCUGGACUCGCUCCUGAUGUGAACCAAAGGUAGCAGAAGACAGAAGAAAAAAGAAAGAGAAAUAGGAACUGAAGUGGAGAGGACCAGUGAAAAUUGAAAAAGUGGGAGAAAAGAAAAGAAUGGAGGUGAAGAUUCCUGAGAUGAAGUGAAAAGAGAGAAUAGAAGAUAUGAGAAAAAAGGAAAAAGCCAAAAAUUAAGAAGAGACAGAAAGAAGGAUAAGACUAGAAAAGGAAAGAGAAAAUCAGAAAGACUGAAGGCAAGAAGAUGGGAGUUGAGAAAGUAGACAAGAGAUAUGGAGGAGAUUGAAGACAAGAGAGAAAAUGGAAGAGAAAAUAGGGAAGGAAAAAAGAAGAUAAAAGACAGAGUAACAGAAAAGAUCAAAUAAGAGAAAAUGAUAGAAAAGAUAGAAGGUGACAGAUAAGCUGGAAGAUUGAAUUGAAUAGAGAAGAUAAAAGAUGAAAGCCAAGAGAGAAUUUAGAAAAGAGACAGCAGAAAAAAGAUAAUAGACAAGCAGGUUGUAGAGGAAAUAGAAGAUAGCAGAGAAGACACAAGAGGAAACAGAGGAGAAAGGAAAACAUGUAAAUUAAAAUUCUACUUGGUUGCAAAUGA